AGCGGGAGCCAAAAGGCCAGCGGCGACCGGGCGUCGCAGAGCAUCAGCUGGCCUGCCGGAUCCUGAGGCGGGGGGAGGCUAGCAACUAACCCGCUUGGAGGCGAGGGAGCCCUGGUUGGAGCCGCUGCACCAGGAACCCCCGAGCCGGGAAGUCUGAUGGCCGCUUAGGCGGUGCUUUUCUUCCCCUCUCCGACCCCGGGGCCCUUUGGGCUUAACGUUACAGGAGCAAUGUCCAAGAAGCCUUUAAACGUCCCUGUGGAAAAUGGGCAAGCAGACAAGACGGAGGUGGAGAAUGGACAUCCCAACCUGACACCUCCCACUCUUAGCACCUCCAGUGUGGAGGAGAUGGUUCAGCAGAUGAAAGAGCUCAUUACGGAGAACAAUGAGCUUAAAGAAACCAUGAGGCAGCGGAACCAAGCAAUGAAAGAUCGCUUUGAGGAGCUUUCUGCUUGGAAAGAGAAGCUGAAAGAAGAGCGGGAGUUUUAUGAAUCGAAAUUCAAGGAAGCCAGGCAGUGCUUGGCAACCAAGUGUCUUGAGAAUGAAGGCCUCCAAAAUAAACUCCGAACCCUGGAAGAGAAGGAAGAAGGGAUCGCAAAUGAAUGCACUGUUUCUAGGAAGGAGAUGACCCAAGAACUAGAGCAACUGAAGGCCCAGGUGGCAAAGCUGCAGGCUGAAAAGGCAGAUCUGGUUGCCAUCAUUUCAGAGCUGCAGCUGAAGCUCAGCGCUGCUGCAACCGAAGACUCGUUUGUUGAGAUCAGAAUGCAUGAAGGAGAAGCAGAGGGGGCUUUAAAAGAACAUCAGGAUGUUGAUGUCAAAAAAAUAGAUGGAAAUACAGCUAUGUAUGUCCGGAACAAAUCUGUGGAUGAAGCAAAGAAAUACUUGGAAAAAGAAGAGUUAACCGUCAGCCAGCUUCUUCUUUCUCUCAGGACCGAAACUCAGAAGAGGGAAGCACUGGAAAAUAAGCUGCAGGAACUUAAGGACAAGUGCCAACAGCUGUUGAGUCUGAAAAAGAAAACAGAUGAGAAAGGCAUUCAGACAGAACAAGAAGCCAACGAGAAAAAAGAGAGAACAGAAAGUGUGAGAAAUGAAGUGGAAACGCUAAAUCUGCAAGUAUCUAACCUCUUCAGAGAGCUUCAGGAGACCCAUGCCAAGUUAAAAGAAGCAGAAGAAAUUAAGAAAAAGCUGCAUGAAAAGUGUCAGGUUCUUGAAAAGGAGCACCCUGCAAGUGUUGGAGACUUGGAUGAGAAGCAACAAUUGUUGUACAGUGUUAAGAAGCUGGAACUCCAAGUGGAGAGCAUGCAGUCCGAAAUCAAGCUGGAACAAGCUAAAACCAAUGAUGAGAAAGCCAAAUAUAGUAAACUGCAGGAUGCAUAUAAAAAGCUUGUAGUGGAACUGACUGAUGCCUUGCAAACCGUUGAAGAAUUAAAAGGCAAAGAGGUCAAAAGGGUAGACCAGGCCACACUGGAAGAAUUAAUUCACAAACUGGACCUAGCAGAAAAGGCACUGGCUGCCAAACAGUUCCAGAUAGACAAAAUGAAGCAAACUAUUGUGAAGCAAGAGGAAGAGCUUGAGACUGUAGCUGUCCUCCGAGCUCAGAUGGAGGUCUACUGCUCUGAUUUCCAUGCUGAAAGAGCAGCGCGGGAGAAGAUCCAUGAGGAAAAGGAGCAAUUAGCCACGCAGUUGGCGUACUUCUUGGCCGAAAAGCAAGAGCGUGAAGAUCUUGGCAGGUGCUCCUUGGCGGAAAUGCAAACCCGUCAUGGGACCAGACUGUCAUCAGAUCAAGGAGCAGAAGAUCAGAAUCGCCAGCAGCAGCCAAGGGAUAUGCCUGUACAUUCUUGCCCAAAGUGUGGAAUAAUUCUUCCGGACAUAGAUACACUUCAGAUUCAUGUUAUGGACUGUAUCAUCUAAACAGUGUUCUCAGAAAUGCUCAAAAACAAGAUCUGCACUUUCUAAGAAAAUGUGUCCAUUUGCACCUUCAUUAGAAAGCAUUUGGAAUGUGAAUAGCUUUUUUCCUAAUGAUUCCAUAGGAAUGUUAAGGGCUUAGUUAUGCAUUCAAAAUUUACCUUACAAAGACUGUAACAUAUAUUCAUACGAUCAGUUUCUAACUAGCUGAAGCUAAGUAUGUCAACAGCGUCAUUCCUAGGAGCCAAGAUACUUUAAGAAGAUGAGCGGGUUAUUUUGGGUGGCCAUUCAAGUAGGAACAUUUGCACACUUCGAAGUUUUAACAGGCAGCUUCAAAGCUGAGUAUUUAUAUGCAUCACAUAUCUUAAAGGUGUGCAGAACAUUUUGAGGUUGAACCCUUUCAAUACCUGUUUCAGUCAGAAUGAUUCAUUUAAAAGUUGGGCAACGUCCACUAAAGUCAGAUUAUUCUGGUGAAAUGAGAACAGGACUUUGAAGGAUCUGACCCUGUCACCCUCAAAAAGUUUUGUGUAGCUCUCCAUGUAGUAUAGAUGGAUGAAAGAUUGGGGUACCUUUAAUCAGGAAGAAAUACAUCAAGGCCAUUGACAAACAGGUAAAUAAAUGUGUGUUUGUUGCAAAUUGAGAAAACGUCCAUGCUUGCACGCAUGAAACUCUCUCCCCAAACUCUUGAAAGCUGUGCCUCUGUUCUUGCUGAUCGUGGUAGAUCUGUAAGUGAAAAAGACAAUGAGUCAAAGUAUCAAAGAGAGCAAUAAUUAGUGCUGAUUUUUAUUUGUGCUUUUGAUUCAUUUAAUUCCUGUUUAAAUGGUGAUUAUUUAAACAUGAAUCGAGAGAAUUAAAUAGUGAUUUAUUUAAUUGUUUAAAUAGUGCAGGAGUCACUAGUGGCAUAAUUUAAUACAUAUCUUAAAUGUGUAUUUUAAAGCUUAAUCUGUAUCUCUUAUUCUUCCAAGAGUACCUUACUGAUGUAAAGUUUACAACAAAGCCAGGCAACCAUUUUAAAAAAAAAUGCAUGAGGGUCACAGUUCCUCACCUUAGUUUUUACAGUGAAUUAGUGGCCUGGCUUUACCCAAAUGAGGAUUAAAUUAAUUAACUGCCCAAUAAUACUUUGUUGGCAUGUUUUGUUCCUUAUUUUUGAGAGAUUUCUUUUUAAAGAAUCAUCUGGAUGUUAUACUUGAAAAAAAGGCUUAAUGGCGCGAGAGGUAAAUGAAUUGUAUUAAUGAAAGAAGAAAAUAAAGCCAUGUU